GUCCACACCAACCAGCCAUCCACACUGGGAUCACCAAUGUGCCCAGAGACUCUUUCGAACGCCAGACAACACAGAGCAGCAAACACGGUUAGUGGUAGUGGUGGCGAGGCGAUGGUGUGGUGUGGUAUCAACACAGUAUACCUCUAAGCUGAACCUUUGCUUAUCCAGCCAUUCAGUCUGAACUCGGUUACCGUCAACGAAAGAAAGAAACACGGUCAUUGCGCGCACUCACACGAAUCCGUCUCCAACAGAACACUCAGCCACUACCAAUGGUAAACAUUGUCGAAAGCGAAGUGAAAGAUAGCACAACACGUAAACACCGAACACCAAGUAAAACAACAACAAAACACAAGCACAAACUAGGAGUAGUGCGUAAGUGUUCCAGCCCUGGCAAAUGGUCCAACUAGACCAAAACAAGAAACGGCGCGCGGAAUGCGUUUAUCGAGCAGAUUGUGAAUUUCGUAUUCAAAGUGUCUGAAUUGGAAAAAAAAAAAUAAAAUCCAGUGAUAAUGAGAAUAACAAAUAUAAUCAAGUCCGAAUGAAUUCUGGCUUUUGGGAUUAUUUAUUUGUUUAGAAGAGUGAAGAAAGCCACCUUAAGAAAAUGUCAACAGAGACCAAUCGGGUUUGAUGUGACCGAAAAGUGGAAUAAGAGUACAUUGCUAAUAGAAAAAGUGCCGUCGCUAAAACAUGCCAAGUGCAUCGGGCGACCGUAAAAGCAAAAAAUAACAAGCAAUGUAACGUUUAAAAAUUAAUUCAUAAAGUGCCUUACCUACCUAUAUGUACAUACUUAUGCUUAUGGAUUAUCUUCCCUUUGGAACGAACAUGUGCCUUUGUCAUCAAAUGGUUGUUAACAAUUUCGCGCGAAGUUCCUUCUGUAAAUCGCCUUAAAUUGAACUAAACAACUCAAAUCAAUGCAAUAAUAAAUACAACUUCUAAAUUAGCAAUAAUUCAAGUGCCAUUUGAAGAAUUAUUUGUAAAGUGUUUUAAUCUAAGAGUAAAAAAAUUAAUUAAUUUUUGGGUGAUUCCUUACGUGAUAGAAAAAGUUAUCCCAGUUACCCUUCACAGUUAAUGAAUGCAAGAUAUAUCAAGCCAUUUAGUUUUGAUACAUCAAUUCCCAUUUACGCCAGUCAACAGCCAAGUAAAAAUAUUCGCUUAAAUGCAUACGGAUAUCUUAAUUGGUGAUCAAUUUGCAGCAUCAACAAAUUACUGGGUAAUGCAGUCUCCCGAAUUGGAUUAUCGGCAUGAGCUGAUGGGACGUUUGCACAAGAUUGAACCAGAUGUGGAAUUGGAAGUACUGACAACUACCGCCACUCCAACUCACAACCAUCAUCACCACCACCACCACCAUUUGCAUCACCACCAGCAUCAUCAGAAUUUGAAUCACCUGCCUCAACAAGAAGAACAACAGCAACCGUAUCACACGCUGCAUAGCUACACCAACAGCAACAAUCAUCACUUUCAACAGCAAAUAUCCAAUAGCAAUUCCAACACCAACAACAAUAACAACAGCAGUAACAGUAGCAGCAGCAGUAGCGGUAGCAAUGGUGGUGGCGGUGUUGCCAAUAACAAUAGCAACAGUGCGACAACAACGGACAGCAAUCAGCUGAACGAUCAGUGGCACUCCAGUGGCAACGGCAGCCAUGAUCAGACAUCUCCAUAUUCUGGAACUCCACACUCAACGGUGGGUUCAACAGCUACCACCACCAUUGCGGUGCACACACCCACCGUUGUCAUGGGACAGCAUCCCAACAGAUCACCUCAUCAUACAGCCGCAGCGGCAGCAGCAGCAACGACUUCCUCGGCAACACCCGCCACCGCAUUUAGCUAUGAGGCCAAUAAUCCCUACUACAGCACGGCUUCGACUAGUGAUAAAGAAUAUUUAUUUGACACCAAACAUAAAGAGGCUUCGUGCAAUCCGUAUCAUAGUAUCGACGAUCCAUAUGGCCGCCCUGCCCUGUGGGAGGAAAUAGCUAGCUCAAUACAAGAUAUCGAUCCUGUUAAUGCUCCGAUUUUAGGCUCAACAACGACAAACGUCCAACCAACACCAAACCAGCUGAAUAGUAUUUCUCAUGAACGGCAUCAUCAGCAUAAUCAACAUUGCAGUACUCCUGCUACACCAUCGACAGCGGUUGGGGGCAAUGCCCUGCUGCCACAGGUUAAAAUAGAAGCAAUCGAUGACACCUUGCUCGAAACCUUGUCCACACCAGUGCUCAGUCCCUUGGAUAUUAAAAAGGAGAAUGUUUCGAGCGGCCUGACAAUGCAACAACAGCAUCCGACAACACCCACACAACACUACUAUCCGCAGCAUGGAUAUGGCAGUGCCAUGACGACGGAUCAUCAGCCACCACUACAGCACCAGCAACAGUUGCACCACUUACAGCAAUCACAACACCUCUACCAGCAUCAUCCCAGUUUAGCGGACGACACCCAGCAUCAUUUAGUCAACCUCUUUCCCAGCACACAUCACCAGCCUCAGAUUCAGUCUCAGCCACAACUCCAACAACCCACAGCCCACCAGCAGCAUUCCCUGCUGCACAGCAACAGCAAUAGUCCAAAUCAAUCGAAUCGAUGUAGCAGCACGGCGAGCAGUCACAAUGCCGAAAUGGGAGUUGGUGCUAACAGCAGCAGCAGUGAGAUGAACUCCAAUCUCCUCUCGCUAAAUGGAACGUCAGAUCAUUUGGCUCCGUAUCAAGCGCAAUACGGCCAGAGCUACUUAAAUGAUGGACUAAGUAUAGCGGCGUCAGCUCAACACCAUCCCCACACACAUCUGCAUCAUCAGCAACAUCCAAGUCUCCAGCAUCCACACCAACCCCACCAUAAUUAUCCGCAGAGUCAACACCUCCAUAACCACCAGCAGCAGGGUUCGCAUAGUACAAUUACCAAUGCCUCGACACCAUUGCAAAAUCUUAAAAGUCUCAAUAAUAAUGGUAGUCACAACAGCAACAACAACAACAAUAGCAAUAGCAAUAAUUAUUCCAGCACCAACACCCCAUACCCGUGGCACAGCAGUCAGCCGUUCCAUGGCAAAUACCAAAUACCAGCACCCCCUCCGCCGACACCACACAACGCCAUGUCUAAUCUUCAGCUGUGUCCACCUGCUUCGGUACCUGUAACGCAAUCGCAAACUGGCAGUGGCGGCAGCAGCAGUGGUAGCGCCAAUAGCAAUGCCCGACAUAUGUUCGUACCACCGCUGACACCUCCAAGUUCUGAUCCCGGAAGUCCGGGUAGCUCAAUGGCGGCUGCAGCACACGCUGCUGCUGCUGCCAAUCAGCAACAAGCUCGACGUAGUACACCUCCUCCGCCUUAUCAGCAAUUGCAGCAGCAGCAACAGCAGCAACAACAGCAGGGCCAUCCGCUAUCAUCCAUUUGUCCCCAGAUUAUGAAUUUACAUUCCGGUUCAACGGCAACAACUGCCACUGGUCACCUGAUGAGUCCGGGUCGGUCGUUAACUGCAUUGGGCCAUAAUAGCAAUAGUACAACUUUGGUGACGUCAUCGUCGGCCAGUGGCAAUUCCACCAAUCACUCAACAACAUCCAACACAGCUCAGAACAGCUCGGCUCCCAGAGGCGGCAACUCAGCGCCGACAACACCUGCUCAUUUAGCCAACCUCAUUGUGCCGACAGUGCGAACCGUCCGCUAUAAUCGUCGCAAUAAUCCCGAACUGGAGAAACGUCGGAUUCAUCACUGUGAUUAUGUGGGUUGUACAAAAGUUUAUACCAAAAGUUCACAUUUAAAAGCACACCAAAGGAUACAUACAGGAGAGAAGCCCUAUACCUGUCAGUGGCCGGAGUGUGAAUGGCGAUUUGCACGUUCCGACGAGUUAACGCGCCACUAUCGCAAACAUACCGGUGCUAAGCCCUUCAAAUGCAUUGUCUGUGAGCGAAGCUUUGCACGAAGCGAUCAUUUGGCGCUGCAUAUGAAACGACAUUUGCCAAAAAAUAAGUAGAAUGGCCCCAGAUCCUCAAAAUACGUACAAACGCAACAGGAUGUUUGUCCCAAACAUACACACUAAUGAUGUUCACAAAUCCUCACAUUGAUCCAACACUUAAUUACAUAUUUAAUAGCGCGAUGUAGGAAACGACAACAGCAACAAACCAACAAUCCAAAGGACUUUAGUUAAUGUUAGAUUAAAGAUUUAGACUAAGAUAUUAUGAAGUAAUUUUACAAAAUAUGAAAUGACUCUGUUAGGAGUUCCCACACACAUACACCCAGACACCCACACACACACAAAUGAAAUCGAUCCAAACUAAAGAAGUCGUAUACCGUACACUUUCAUCUGUGAAAUACACGAUUGCCAUAUUAUAACUUUUACAUUUUCUCCUUUCUAAUCAACCUUUUAUUCCUGGACAGCAAUUGUUUCCUAAUUUUCGUAUCAUGCCAAUGUGAUCGACCCUCUACAUGCAAAUACUACAUACAUGUAUAUUGUUAAAUAAAAUAUAUAUAUAUUCUCGACUUUGUUGUAUUUACACCCAAUUAAAAUUUAUUUAUUUCGUAUUUUUGUUUAUUUUGAUAAAGGAAAACAAUCGAAAAUGAUUGAUCAACUCAAACGUUGCGAAAAUCUAAAUUAGGAUAAUUAUCUUAGAUCUUUUAGUAUUUCGUAUUUCCUAUGCAAUUCCAAUCACAAAUCAAGUGUCUUUAUGCAAAACCAGUGUCUUAUUGAAGAAAUUAGCCGAUAGUUAACCUGUAAUUUAUAAAUAUACAUAUAUAAAUGUUUAAAUAAAACCUAGCUAUGUAAUAGAAUAUGGUAAUGCAAACCAGACCUAUUUUAAACUAAAAAAAACAAAA